UGUUAUGACAACAGUGCGUUUUAUUUCCCCUGAUGAUUUCUUCUCGCAUAUGUUUAUGUUUAUAUCUAGCUAAGGUUAGGGUCGCCAGGGUUUCUUGGUUCUUCUCUUACUGGGUUCGUCAGAUCUACGAGAAAAUCAAAUUUCUGGCUACGUUAUCAUUAAAAUGUAUUGCAUUAAAUAAUUAUUAGUUACCUUCAAGUAUCAACAAAGAUUAGCCAGAGGGGUGAAGAAUAUAUUCGCCUGUCGAAUUUAAGAGUACUGUUCAGGGUUAUGUUUAUUUAAAAAACAGUUACUUUAUUCAAUAUCAGUGUUUACUCUAAAAAUUCAUGAUCGGGUAAUAACAUACGAAAAGGUAUGGUUUCUACCCGAGGACCGAAAUUCAAGUUUUGUGACGGUGAGAAAGUUCUUUGUUACGAACCGGAUCCGACGAAAGCCAAAGUACUGUAUGAUUCUAAGGUUCUCGAUGUUAUAGUCAACAAAGAUCAGAGGGGACGCAAAGCUGUUGAAUAUUUGAUACAUUUCCAAGGAUGGAACUCUUCAUGGGAUCGCUGUGUAACAGAGGAAUAUGUACUAAAAGAUACAGAAGAGAAUCGUCAAUUGCAACGAGAUUUAGCUCAGAAGGCUCAAUUACAAUUGGGAGCUUACUUGUACAGAAGAGAACGUAAAAAGAGAAGUCAUAAGUUGUCCGAGCGUUUGAACGAAACUGAAAAUCAAGAGCCAAGGCGAAGAGCUAGGAGCGGUGGAAGUCGAGCAACGUCUGCAACAACGGGAUCAUCGGAAGACGGCAGUUCGGGACAACAUGCCGAUUAUGACACAGAGGAAAUAAUUACUGAAGAGGAUACGGAAAGUAGCUCGGAUUACGUUGGUGAAACGAGCGACGAUGAAGAUAGCGGAGGUGGCAGUCAGUCAGGUGCGAGCGUAAAACCAGGCAUUGAUCUCGACAUAGGGACUACUCUCAGAAGAAUUCUGGACCAAGAUCACGACCUGAUAACACGUAAAAACAAGCUCGCUGUCCUUCCCGCGCAACCUACCGUCGGGAAUAUCUUAGAAUCGUGGGUACAACAUUUCACUACGACACAGCUGACGAAUAUUCCGGAGAAACCGCAGAGAAACAAAGCGAAUAAUACAAUAGAAAAAACAGUUAACGAUAUAAAUAUAUGUAGGGAGGUUGCCGAUGGUUUACGUAUAUAUUUCGACUUCACGUUGCACGAUCUCCUUUUGUACAGGCAAGAACAAGAACAGUAUUGUAAUUUAAAAUCUUCUUUCUUGUACGCGGAACAUCCGAUUCUGGUAAAAGAGGAGCCCAGCGAGCAUUCGGAGAUUUCGAUUAAAGAAGAAUAUGAGGACAACGAAUAUGCUCAUUUGCCACCGUUUCAAGAGCACGAUCAAGAAGUAGAUACAUCAAAAUCGGUGGCAAAUUUCAGACGCAGACUGAGAUCGUGUAGGAUCAGUUCUAUCGAUGAGAAUAGACAGUUAAGAUCGUACGACGAGAUUAAACAGGAUACAGGAAACAUGUCGAGUAUUGCAAGUACAAGUUCUCGUUGUUCUAGCCCACGCGGUGUAACGUUGAGAAUACCGUUCGUUACAUCCGCGCAAGUGAACGCCUUGCUUCAACAAUCGAAUAAAUGGAGAUUAAUGCCGGAAUCAUCGAAAUCCGUAGGCUCUCCUCCGAACCCGUCCACUUAUUACGGUGCCAUUCAUUUAACGCGACUCUUCGUCAAGUUACCGGAGCUACUUCAACUGACGGACAUACCGCAUAAGAAAUUGAAGGUUCUCUUAAAAUAUUUGGAUAUGUUUCUCAGUUAUUUAGAAAUGCACAGGGAAUGGUUCGGAGAACAGUUUUACAUGCAAGCGGAGAACCAACUAAUUUCUCAAUCAAGUAAUACAUAACGAUAAUUUCCUUGUACAUUUAUUUCCAUUAAACAUUCAGAUUGUAUACUUAUUUUUAAGAAGCAACACACAGUGGAAUCAAUAAAAGUAAAAAGAAACGGAUAUAAUGUAUAUCUGGUCUCCUUUUAAAUAAACUAACUUACACCACUA